UUUUGAUACAUUUUUCUGAAUAAGCGUGUUACUCAAGUGCAAGUCGUCGUUUAGUUUCGAAAAUCUUUCAAGAAAAAAUGUUUGCGAAUCGUUUCAUCAAAAAUUUACAACGAAAAUCUGUUGUUGUCACCAAAAAUUUAUUGUUUCAAAAACAAAAUCUAUGUACAACAUCGACCAUCAAUAGUCAGGAAAAAUUUGAUUGGCAAGAUCCAUUUCGUAUCUAUGAUGAACUAACAAGUGAUGAACGUGAAAUUAAACAACAAAUUCAUGAUUAUUGUACAAAACAGUUAAUGCCAAGAAUUAUACAAGCAAAUCGUAAUGAACAUUUUGAUACGAAUAUUUUAAAAGAAAUGGGUGCAUUAGGUGCUCUUGGACCAACAUUAGAAGGUUAUGGUUGUGCAAAUGUUUCAUCAGUUGCAUACGGAUUGAUUACAUAUGAAAUUGAACGUGUGGAUAGUGGUUAUCGUUCAUCUGUAAGUGUACAAUCUUCAUUAGUUAUGUAUCCUAUUUAUGCAUAUGGAUCGGAAGAACAAAAAGAUAAAUAUUUACCAAAAUUAGCUAAAGGAGAACUGAUUGGUUGUUUUGGUCUGACCGAACCAAAUCAUGGUAGUGAUCCAAGUGGAAUGGAAACAAAUGCAAAAUAUGAUUCAUCAACAAAAACAUAUGUUUUAAACGGUACAAAAACAUGGAUUACAAAUGCACCGGUUGCCGAUAUAUUUAUUGUUUGGGCAAAAUGUGAAGAUGGUAAAAUAAGAGGAUUUAUUCUGGAAAAAGGUAUGAAAGGUUUGACGGCACCAAAAAUUGAAGGAAAAUUUUCCCUACGAGCAUCGGCUACCGGUAUGAUUAUGAUGGAAGAUGUACGAAUACCGGAAGAAAAUCUAUUACCAAAAGUUGAAGGAUUAAAAGGACCAUUUAAUUGUUUAACAAAUGCAAGAUUUGGAAUAUCAUGGGGUGCUAUGGGUGCAGCAACCAGUUGUUUUGAAAUAGCAAGAAAUUAUGUUAUAGAUCGAAAACAAUUUGGUCGUCCAUUGGCUAGUAAUCAAAUUAUACAAUUAAAAUUAGCCGAUAUGUUAACAGAAAUUAAUCUAUCAUUAUUAUCAAGUUUACAUUUAGGUAAACUAAAAGAUAAAAAUUUAUUACAACCAGAAAUGGUAUCGAUUGCUAAACGUAAUGCAGCUGGUAAAGCAUUAGCAAUGGCAAGAAUUUGUCGUGAUAUGUUAGGUGGUAAUGGUAUAUCGGAUGAAUAUCAUGUUAUUAGACAUAUGAUGAAUUUAGAAGCAGUAAAUACAUAUGAAGGUACACAUGAUAUUCAUGCAUUAAUUUUGGGUCGUUCGAUUACCGGUAUACAAGCUUUUAAAUGAAUGAAAUUAUCAAUGUUUUGAAAUUGUUUU